CGCUGUUGUAAGAUGGCGCCCAGCGACAUUCUAGUAGUGUAGAGAAAAAAAUACCACAGCUAAUCGUCAGAGGAAAACCAAGAGAAAAUUAAGCACUGAGUAGCCAGUGAAAAUAUUAUUUGCGCUUCGCUUUGUGUUCGUCGGAAAAUCAGUGCUUCUGGGUGAUUCCAGGCUCGGCCCGUUAAAGAAAAGAGGUUCCUCCUCAGCAGAGGGCUCUGCAGCAAUGAACAACUCCUUGGAUGGCACAAGCUCCUAUGAGGAGCUGGUGAGACAAAAGGCUCGGAGCAUCCCUCAGCAUCGCAUGAAGGAGUUCCUGGAGUCCUUGGCCAGCAAAGGUCCAGACGCCCUGCAGGAGUUUAGCCAGCAAAGCGAAGACACGACAACAACCACUACCGCCAUGAUUUACCAACAAGAAGCCAACUGUAUCUAUACAGACAGCACAGAGGUGGCAGGAUCGCUGUUAGAACUGGCAUGUCCGGUUCAGGUGCAGGUCCAAUCACAGCAGCAGAUUCAGGAGUCCACAUCACAACAGCAGUCUGUGCUACAGAAUACAGAACAGCAAAUUGUACAGGUGCAAAUUCAAGGCCAUCAGCAAGGCCAGAUGCUAGGUCAGGUUCUCCAAGUGCCUGCUGGCUCCCAUCAGCAGCUGCAAGGGGUGACAACUGCACAGCUGAUUCAGCCUGGUGACCUCACAGAGGAACAGCAACAACAGCUUCAAGCCCAGUUGGUGGCUGCUGUUGCUGGAGGUCAGCAAAUCCAGAUCCAGACGGUGGAAGCCCUCUCACCAACUCAGCAACAGGACAGUGCAGAGAGAAGGGUAAUGGGGACCACAGUUGCCACAUCUCAAGGAGCAGGUGUCCUCCAGCCAGCCAAAAAGCGUAAGGUGGACAUGCCCAUCACCGUGUCUUAUGCCCUGCCUGGCCAGCAGGUAGCCACAGUCUUAGCUAUCCCUCAGGGCCAGGGGCAGCAGCAAAGUUAUGUGUCCCUGAGGCCAGACCUUCUAACUGUGGAUAGUUCCCACCUUUACAGCGCUACUGGUACGAUCACCAGUUCCACAGGUGAGACCUGGACCAUUCCUGUAUAUUCGGCACCUACUGGGUCUGGAGGCCGUGAGCAGGUCACACACAUUGCCAUUCCCCAGGAGGCUUAUGGGACAGUGCAGGUGGCAGGCACAAACACUACAACGACGACAAUGCCAGCGCAAGUUACUGUUGAAAAUGACAAGUUGAAAAACCCUGCAAGUCAAAGUCAGACAGCACAGGCUGUCUCCAGCAUAACGAGCUCUGGAGGAAUGGGCAGCCAGGAAGAAGUGGUGCACACUCUGGCCGCAAACACACUUUUCCCAGCCCAGCUAAUGAAUGGAAACAUCCACAUUCCCGUGGCUGUACAAGGCUACUCUAAUACUACUCAGUCACUUAUUUGGGACCCGCAGCAGCAGGUGCUGCACACACAGGGACUUUCAGGCCAGGAUGCACAGCAACUACAGGGUCAGACAGUGAUUGCAGAAGUGGAUGCUCAAGGUCAGCAGCAGGUGCAAGUGCAGGAGCUGCUAUUGCCAGCCACUCUGAAGCCAGAGGAGGGACUGGACGUGUGGCGGCUGUGGGCUCAGAGGAAAAACGCAGAGCUGGACAAAUCGGAGAAGAAUAAACUGGCUCCUAUAGGCCGCCGCCAGGUGCUUCGUUUCCAAGAAGACUUGGUGUCAUGUGCUGUCGCUGAGCUCUGCAUGGGUCUGUCUUUGAUGACAACAGAGGCCCGGGGACUGGAAGAAGAGACAUAUGAUGCCGAUGUUCUUUACUAUGUAUUUUUGUGCAUACAGAAAUAUCUGUUUGAUAAUGGUCGUGUUGACGACAUUUUCUCAGAUCAAUACUACAGUCGCUUUGCUCAGAGUCUGCACCAAAUCUUGGAGCCCUGGAGACCAUCUGUUCAUCCAUUAGGUUAUGUUAUUCCUAGUCACGUGACCGAGGAAAUGUUAUGGGAAUGUAAACAGCUGGGGGCUCAUUCUCCAUCAACACUGCUCACAACUCUCAUGUUUUUCAACGCCAAGUAUUUUCACCUGAAAACAGUGGAUCAGCAUCUAAAAGUGGCUUUUUCGAAGGUACUGAGACACACCAGGAAGAGUCCCAACAAUCCCAAAGACAAAAGCACCAGCAUCCGAUACCUAAAGACCUCAGAGAGGUUCACAGGACAGAAAGUGACGGACGACAUGUACUCGGAACAAGCGGAGGACCCAGAGAACCCUCUGCGAUGCCCCAUCAAGCUCUACGAUUUCUACCUCUUUAAAUGCCCUCAGAGUGCUAAAGGUCGCAAUGACACCUUCUACCUGACUCCUGAGCCCGUGGUGGCUCCAAACAGCCCCAUUUGGUACUCGACUCAACCAAUCCCAAAAGAGCAGUUGGACCAGAUGCUCGCCCGCAUUCUUGUAGUUCGUGAGAUCCAGGAAGCCAUUAGCAUGUCGGAGAGCGUGCAGUAGUUGGAAACGAGGAGCAUCAAAACGAAACGGACUGCUUGCACUCGGCCUUCGAUCACUCGUUACGAGUGGUUUUCUAUAUUCACCCCUCGUUAUUGGUUUGGGGUGGCGUGUGUAUAUAUUUAUAUUCAUUAUGACUGUACAUAUACAUACAGCUGAUGCAGGAAAGGAUUCUUCUUACUUGGGCGAUCACUCAGUUGUUUUUGUUUU